AGGCUUGCCAUCAAUAGGUUAGACAUUUUGAAUAUAUAUGUGUGUAUAUACAGAAAAGAAAAAAAAAACUGCAGAUGACGAAAAACACGACCUUUAUAUAAACGCUUUUUCUCAUCGGAUUUUUAAUUUACAAACAAAAAGGUGCCCAUGAAUUGUCUGUGAAACAAAAACAUUACCUCAUCCCCCCAUUUAUCACAGCAGCAUGAAAUAUACAAGUGUGGAGCUUUUUUUUUUUUUUUUUUAUGGGGGGUGCGCACACACACACACGAAAAAAACUAAUUAAAAUUUUAAUUUUCACUCCUCUCUUUUUUCACACACACCUUCUUCUUUUAAAUGAGAGAAUAUACAGAAGAUGAGAUGCAACGCAUGAGAAUGGUUUUAAACGGUGAGACACCACUUGAAAAAAUUAAGCGCAAGGCAAAAGAUGAACCUUUUGUACCAGCAGGUGUUGCCUUGACUUGUUUUGCACUGGUUGCAGCUACUGUAGGUAUUAAAACUGGAAAUCGAGCUUACGCAAACAACAUGUUUCGAUUAAGAGUGGCUGCACAAGGGUUUACAGUGAUGGCUAUGGUAGGAGGAUCCAUUUAUUAUCAACAAAUGAAAAAGAGUUAAAGGGGAAUUCUCCAUUCACUUAAACAAUGCUUCUUGAUUUGUUCUUGAUCAUAAAGAG